AUGUCGCCAGAAGUAAAAAAGCGCGUGCGGGCUCUAAAAAGACUAAUUUUAGCCGAGCAUGAGAUUAAAUUGAGAUUCAAUGCUGAAUUUCAUCUUCUUCAAUUGAAAUACCAAAAAGUGUACGAGCCAUAUAUUAAUAAGCAAACGGAUAUAAUUCAAGGAAACCACGAGCCUACCAAAGGCGAAUACAGUAGUUCUGAUGAAGAUGAUGUACAAGUUCCCAGAUAUGAUGAACUGGGGAAAAUAGGACUUGAAUCAAAAGAGACAAGUAGACAAGAACCGUAA